AUGAGAGCCAAUACCUUGAUUUUAUUGCUUGCUACCAUAGCUUCAAUCAAUGCUAGAGCUUUAGCACCAAAUAAGGCACAAGCUGAAGUCAUUGUCAAAAGAGCAGAUAGCUCAGAUGACUCUUCAGCCACUGCAGAUGACUCUAGCUCUUCAAGCGACGAUUCCAGCUCUUCUAGUGAUGACCCAAGUUCUUCUAGCGAUGAUGCUAGUUCUUCAAGCGACGAUGCUAGCUCUUCAAGCGACGACACUAGUUCUUCAAGUGAUGAUGCUAGUUCUUCAAGUGAUGAUGCUAGUUCUUCAAGUGAUGAUGCUAGUUCUUCAAGUGAUGAUGCAAGUUCGUCUAGUGAUGAUUCAAGUUCAGGAGACUCGAGCUCAAGCGAUGACGCUAGCUCAACCGACGAUUCGGGUUCUUCAUCUUCCAGUGAUGACUCAGAUUCUUCAUCUUCCAGUGAUGACUCAGGUUCUUCUUCAAGUGAUGACUCCGGCUCUUCGGAAUCUUCAGGCUCAAGCUCUUCAAGUUCAGACUCUGCUGCAAACAAUGCAUCACCAUUUGGUUACGGUGUAGCUAUCGUUGGAUUUAUUGCAGGCUCAAUGUUAAUUUAA